AUACAUGAUUCGAGCUCAGAGAGGGGUCUCCCGCGAAGCACUGCCUCGAGGCUUGUAUCAUUGCCGAAAAGACACGUGACUGAUGACGUCCGACACAGAAACGGCUGGCCUGAGUGACUCCCGUGAGCAGUUCAGACCGUUGAUACGGUGUCACGACGUGAAAUAUUCGCUACGCGCGACAGCAGCUGAAGUUGGAGAACCCCUGGCAUCCAAUAGGAGAGCCGGAUUCGUCUGACGUCAUCUACAGCCUGGCUAGCAGCCCAGAGUGGACGGCUGGCAAGUAGGAUUUUUAUUAUUUACAAUGAAAUGCAUGUGGAAAAACAACCUUAAAAAGUCCCGUUUAUGAUCGAAUUUGACAUUGGCAUAGGAUUGCCCAGGAUCGGCUGCAGUUUAAUGGCAUUUUGUUCACUAUUUCUGAGAUCGCUAGCAUACAUGCUAGCAUUUUCGUGGCUUUUGAAGUUAGCAUACUUAAACGUUUUUUCACGCCGUUUGUUGUGUGCGCUAUUUGCCUUGGUUGUGUGCUGGCUAGAAAAUGUAACAGGCACAAUCCCGUAUAAAGUGGGAUCGCAGCUAAUCCUAUAAUCCAUCGUUUGUGUUCUGCCCUCUGGUUUUCCUCUUCAAAACCACCAGCCGCUACAGUGGCUGCAGCGGUGUGCAGCACCGUGGCCCCUCCCCCUCGCGGUGUCGACACACACAGAUCAAAGGCUUUCCUCCCAGGAUUCAGUUCGGUAUCAUGGCGGACACCAGGGAGAAAGCGCUGCAAGACUACAGGAAAAAGCUGCUCGAGCACAAAGAAGUUGACGGCCGAUUAAAAGAAUUGAGAGAACAGCUGAGAGAACAAACCAAACAGUAUGAGAAAUCAGAAAAUGACCUAAAGGCUCUGCAAAGUGUUGGCCAGAUUGUUGGAGAGGUGCUCAAGCAGCUGACUGAGGAGAAAUUCAUUGUCAAAGCCACCAACGGUCCCCGAUAUGUGGUCGGAUGCCGCAGACAGUUGGACAAGUCACAGCUGAAGCCAGGCACCAGAGUUGCUUUAGAUAUGACUACACUCACUAUAAUGAGAUACCUGCCCAGAGAGGUAGACCCUCUGGUGUACAACAUGUCCCAUGAAGACCCUGGCAGCGUCUCCUACUCUGAGAUUGGAGGCUUGUCCGAACAGAUCCGUGAGCUGAGAGAGGUAAUUGAGCUGCCUCUGACCAACCCUGAGCUCUUUCAGCGAGUGGGGAUCAUCCCCCCUAAAGGCUGCCUCCUCUAUGGACCUCCAGGCACUGGGAAGACACUUCUUGCAAGAGCAGUGGCCAGUCAGUUGGACUGCAACUUCCUCAAGGUGGUGUCCAGCUCCAUUGUGGACAAGUACAUUGGUGAAAGCGCCAGGCUGAUCAGAGAGAUGUUCAACUAUGCCAGGGAUCACCAGCCAUGCAUCAUCUUCAUGGAUGAGAUCGAUGCCAUCGGUGGCCGUCGUUUCUCUGAGGGAACCUCUGCUGACAGAGAGAUCCAGAGGACUCUGAUGGAGCUGUUGAACCAGAUGGACGGCUUUGACACGCUGCACAGAGUCAAGAUGAUCAUGGCCACCAACAGACCUGACACUCUGGACCCUGCCCUGCUGCGACCUGGCAGACUGGACCGUAAAAUUCACAUCGAACUGCCCAAUGAACAGGCACGUCUAGACAUCCUCAAAAUCCACUCCAGUCCUAUCACCAAGCAUGGAGAAAUAGAUUUUGAAGCCAUUGUGAAGCUGUCCGAUGGUUUCAACGGAGCUGAUCUGAGAAACGUGUGCACAGAAGCAGGUCUGUUUGCCAUCCGCUCUGACCGUGAGUAUGUCACUCAGGAAGACUUCAUGAAAGCUGUGCGGAAGGUGGCAGAUUCAAAGAAGCUGGAGUCUAAGCUGGACUACAAGCCUGUAUAAAACCUGUGUCAUUCCUUUUCUCUAAGUGAUGUUUUGCAGUGCAUUUUCAUGAAUUUGCUGUGUUCUGUACUUCAGGACCAGUUGAUAUUUGUGGGAAGCAACAUUAGAAGGUGUAUAUUGCCCUAAUAGUCAACAGCCACCAAAAUGGACUUUGACUCAGUAACUAACAGAAACUCCUGUUGGCUGAUCAUUCUGGCAUCCCACAAAACAUUUGUGUAAAAUAACCAUGUGCUUAAAUAUACCAUUAUAUUGUAA